AUGUCAGAUUCAAUAGAAGAAACAGAUAUCCUAAACUGGACUAUUUUCAAUGAAUUAAGAACAAUGGAUGAAGAUGAACCAGGCUUUUCAAAAGAAUUAAUUCAUACAUUUACAGAUCAAGCUGAAGGAAUUUUCUUAGAUAUGAAUACACAAUUAGAUAAAGAUGAACCAAAUUUAAAAAAAUUAUCAGAAUUAGGACAUUAUUUAAAAGGUUCAGCAGCAUCUUUAGGACUUGUGAAAAUUCAAGAACAAUGUGAACGUAUACAAAAUUAUGGAUUACAGAAGGAUUUUGAUGGUUUAUUAAAUGAUAGAAAAUGGGAAGAAGGUAUAAGAGAAGCACUUUUGAAAGCAAGAGAUGAAUUUGAAAAAGCAAUAGAAUUCUUUGACAGAUAUUAUGAAAAAGAAGCUGCACAAUGA